AUGGGAAGUGCAGGUGGAGGAAAAACAUUGGAGUUGGCGCGGACAAGGGUCCUGAGAAGGAAAGUGCAAGGGGACACUGCUGUUAAAACAACAGAGCUGAAACAACAGGCGGCACGAUCCAUAUUCCAUGAAGUCCCUCAGAGCAGAGAAUUCCAAACAUGGCUCCAGAUAGAGCAGUCGAAUUCUGUUUGGCGAGGGCACACUGAACACGGAGUGGUGAUGAGCUUCGGAUGGAACGAGCUCAUGCUAAUUGAAGUGAGACGGACUGCCCCUCAGCUCUGCACAACACUAGAAUAUAUCUUCUCUAAAUUUUAA